CUCUCUUACAACGAGUGCAGACUAAAUCACUACUUUCAGCCAGUGGGCCCUUUCAUUCAUUAUGAAGCAGAGGUUUUCUUCUCUCGAUGUCAAGAUAAUUGCCCAUGAGCUGUCGAGCAGCUUAUGCUCUCUUCGAUUAUCCAACAUAUAUGACCUUUCUUCGAGGAUCUUUCUCCUCAAGUUUGCAAAGCCCGACCACCGACAGCAGCUGGUAAUUGACUCCGGUUUCCGAUGUCACCUAACAAACUUCUCGAGAACCACAGCAGCGGCACCGUCGGCCUUUGUCACGCGGCUGCGGAAAUUUCUUCGUACGAGAAGAGUUACCUCUGUGGCACAGAUUGGAACCGAUCGUGUUAUCGAGAUCCAAUUUAGUGACGGACAAUAUCGGCUAUUCCUCGAAUUUUAUGCUGGUGGUAACAUAAUACUUACCGAUGCGGAGCUCAACAUCAUCUCCGUCCUUCGCAUUGUCGGCGCUGGAGCCGAUCAGGAGGAGAUCAGAAUCGGACUCAAGUACAAUCUGUCUUACCGACAAAAUUUCAAUGGCGUGCCGCCCUUGACAAAAGAGCGUGUGCGAGAAGCUCUGCAGGCUGCUGUUAACAAGGAGCAAGCUGAGUCUAAGCAAAAAAAGAACAAGAAGUCUGGCGAUGUUUUACGAAAAGCUUUAGCCACAUCCAUUACCGAGUUCCCUCCGAUGCUCAUCGAGCAUGCUCUGAAGGUGGUGGACUUUGACCCCAAAAUUCGCCCCGAAGAAGUUUUACAGCACGAUGCUCUAUUUGAGAAACUCAUGCUCGUGCUGGAGGAAGCGGAUAAGACGGUCAAAGAGAUAACUAGCUCGGAAGUUGUAAAGGGCUAUAUUCUGGCGAAACCAAGAGCAAAAUCUUCAAAGGAAGACCCCGAGAAGGGAGCCGCCUCCGAGGCAAAAGACGAAUCGCACAAUUUGCUCUACGAAGACUUUCAUCCUUUCCGACCACGUCAAUUUGUAAGCGAGGAUGCCGCACAAAUUUUGGAAUUUGAAGGAUUCAACAAAACCGUCGACGCAUAUUUCUCGUCUAUUGAGUCUCAAAAGCUCGAGACAAGAUUGCAGGAGCGAGAGCUGCACGCCGAAAGAAAGCUUGAUUCUGCUCGUGAGGAACAGAGGAAACGAUUGGAAGGUCUACAGCAGGUCCAAGAGCUCAACAUCAGAAAGGCACAGGCUAUCGAAGCGAAUCUGGAGCGAGUAGAGGAGGCAUGUGCAGCUGUUAACAGCCUUAUCGCCCAGGGCAUGGAUUGGGUGGAGAUUAACCGGCUGGUUGAGAUGGAACAAAGGCGGAAUAAUCCUGUAGCAGAAAUAAUAAAGCUGCCUCUGAAGCUGCAUGAGAACACUGCGACUCUGCUCCUCGGCGAAAUGGAUUUGGAAGACGUGGACAUCGAAGAAGAUGAGACCGAUAGUGAACUCUCGGAUUCUGAAGAAGAGGAAAUAACAUCCGGAAAACCCAAGGCCAAACCCGAGGACAAGCGGUUGGCUGUUGACCUUGACCUUGGUCUGUCUCCCUGGUCGAACGCUCGUAUCUACUACGACCAGAAGAAGGGAGCGGCGGUCAAAGAGCAGAAGACAAUGCAGGCAUCUACGAAGGCGCUCAAGAGCACAGAGAAGAAGGUUGCGGCUGAUUUGAAGAAGGGAUUGCAGCAGGAGAAGCAAGUUCUACGGCCGGUCCGUAAGCAGCUCUGGUUUGAAAAGUUUUUGUUCUUUAUUUCUUCCGAUGGAUACCUCAUCUUAGGCGGCAAGGAUGCACAGCAAAACGAAAUGUUGUAUCGAAGAUAUCUUAAAAAGGGCGACAUCUAUGUUCACGCCGAAUUACAAGGCGCCGCAUCCGUCAUUGUCAAGAACAACCCCUCAACUCCGGAUGCACCUAUCCCUCCAUCGACUCUCUCACAGGCCGGAAAUCUCUCCGUUGCGACUUCAGUUGCUUGGGAUUCUAAAGCAGUCAUGUCUGCCUGGUGGGUCAACUAUGAUCAAGUCUCAAAGUCUGCGCCUACUGGCGAAUAUCUUGGCACUGGAUCGUUCAUGAUCCGUGGAAAGAAGAAUUUCCUACCUCCUGCUCAGCUGCUCCUCGGCUUUGCGGUCAUGUUCCAGAUCAGCGAAGAGAGCAAGGCCCGUCACGUCAAGCAUAGGCUGCGAGAUGAGGAUAGCAUAGUGGCUGACAGGGCCAGCAACGCAAUUGCUGAUCUCAAGGUGACAGAUGAUGCAGAUGGCAGCGUGUCUGCGACUCCUGCUCCAGAGGAGGGUGCCGCAGCUGCUACUACUGACAGUGAAGAUGAAGAUUUUCCGGAUGCAAAACUCGAGUCAGAUGUCGACAAUGAUGAUGCACAAUCCAGUCACCCAAACCCAUUGCAAAGUGAACCUCAAGCUGGUCAAGACCUUUCCCGAUCUGAGUCAUCCAAGGGGCAAACGGAAGAUGGACCGAAGAAGCAGAUUCCUUCCGAGCUGCCACAAGAUGACGGAGAUUCAGACGAAGAGGAAGAUGAAUCAGAUGCAGCAACCCAGCCAACUGAGAAACCAUCAGGAGGAAACAACUUGCGCGAUCUUUCGGCUCGCGAGCGGCGCCUCGCUCGCAAGGGCCAGCUCUCCGAUACGGAAGACUUUGAUGGCGACAGCGGAAUCAGCACACCAACUUCGAAACCGAAAUCCGCUCCUCAAGUCCGGGGUAAGCGCGGGAAAAAGAAGAAGAUUGCUGCCAAGUACGCCGAUCAAGAUGAGGAAGACCGCGAAUUGGCCUUGAAACUUCUCGGCUCUGCCUCUGCCAAAUCCAAAGCUGAAGAAGCAGCGCGCCAGAAAAAGGCUAAAGAGGAAGAACUCGCAUUCCAGCUGCAGCGCCGCCGGGAGCAGCACACUCGCCAGCAGCAAAAGGCGCGCGAACAUGAAGAAAUGCGCCAGAUCAUGAUGCAAGAAGAAGGAACCACCAUCGAGACCCUUGACGAAGAGGAAGCUGCCCAAAUGCGCGACCUCGAUGCUUUUGUCGGCACCCCACUUGCCGGAGACGAAAUCAUUGAAGCAAUCCCUAUUUGCGCGCCCUGGACCGCACUCGCAAAAUACAAGUAUCGCGCCAAACUCCAGCCUGGAAGCACAAAGAAGGGCAAAGCAGUCAAAGAAAUUCUCUUCAAAUGGGCCGCUGAUGGCGCCGACAGAAAGAAUGUCGAUGACAAAUCAGAAGAUAAGGAGAAGAUUUGGCCCAGAGAGCUGGAGUUGAUCAAGGCGUGGAAAGAUACAGAGGUUGUGAACACCUUGCCAGUCAGACAAGUAAGAGUGAUGAUGGCCGGUGGAAGCGCUGGCGGCGGCGGUGAUAAAGGCAAGGGAGGAAAAGGAGGCGGCGGUGGAGGUAAGGGUAAAGGUGGUAAAGGCGGUAAGAAGCGGUAGAUCUGUAGCCAUCACUGGGUUCCCAUGUAUGGUGUCUGUUAUGUAAAUACAUUGGAAAGGUUAGGAAGCAUUUGUGUGUAUAUAUCCUUGUACAGUAUGAUAAGAAAUCAUUCUUCGAUCGCACUAUACAUAUUACAGGAAUAUAGAAUAAAACCCCGGGCCUG